AUCUGGGCACUGAACAAACGUGAGCUGGAGCAGAGGCAGGUGAAGCAAAAUGGGAGAGCUGCGUGUCCGCUCUGCUCUGGUGACUGGGGCCAACAGGGGCAUCGGCCUGGGGUUUGUCCGGCACCUGCUGGCACUGCCAAACCCACCUGAGUGGGUCUUUGCAGGCUGCCGGGACCCCAAGGGACAGCGAGCACAGGAGCUGCAGCAAAUUGGCCCUCAAGCACCCCAACCUGGUCAUGCGUCCGCUCGCGUACGUCCACAGGCGCAGUCCAAGGCGAAGGGGCCUCUGUCCAGCACUGUGCCUGCGGCAGACACCGAGGGCAGCGGGCACUCACCUCCCCACCUCGCCUCUGCAGAAGUCACCGAUCCCGCCAGCAUCAAGGCGGCCGCAGCCAGCGUCGGGGAGCGCCUCAAGGGCUCGGGGCUCAACCUCCUCAUCAACAACGCUGGAAUCGUAAGAGCGAACAAGCUGGACAAUGAAACCCUGAAGGACAUGUCUGAAGUGUACAUGACCAACACCAUCGCGCCUCUCCUGCUGAGCCAGGCGUUCCUGCCCCUGCUGAAGAAGGCAGCCCAGGGGAGCCCAGGCUCGGGGUUGAGCUGCAACAAGGCAGCCAUCGUCAACAUCUCCAGCAAUGGGGGUUCGAUCAAAGAAGUCUAUUUAUGGGAAGGCAUACAAGCUGCCUGUUAUCGCUGCAGCAAGGCUGCUCUCAACAUGCUCACCAGGUGCCAGUCCAUGGGCUACCGGGAACACGGCAUCCUCUGCAUCGCUUUCCAUCCCGGAUGGGUCAAAACAGACAUGGGAGGCGAUUUUGAAGAUAAGACCCGCGUGACAGUGGAUGAGAGCGUAGGAGGGAUGCUGAAGGUGCUCUCCAACCUCUCCGACAAGGACAGCGGCUCCUUCCUGGACUGGGAAGGGAAAGUUAUGGCCUGGUGAGAUGCUUGCCAAGCCUCAGAUUUUAAUAGUCAUCUCUUUGUUGCUGCAUCGAGUUGUGCCUGUGUCUUAAAGAAGCUGUGACUGUAAGCAAUGAUUGCAGUAUACGUGCA